GUAUGAGGGGCGGAGAGGAGGAGGACUCGUGUUGGGUAUGGUUUUCAUUCAUAUAAAUGAUCUGGAUGGGACCGUAGGAGGCAUGGCUUGGAAGUUUGCUGAUGACACCAAAAUUGGUGGUGUAAUUAUCCAAAAUUACGAAGAGAUCUUGCUCAACUGGGCCAAUAGGCUGAGGAGUGGCUGACGAGAGUUCACCUGGAUAUAUGCGAGGACAUUCAGAACCGUUUCAUGCAACACAGCUCUGGAACAGUAUUAUUCAUGUCCUUCAUACUCAGGUGGACCUGAGGCAGCAGAGACUGCAUUGGAAAAUGCACAGUGACUGUUUCACUGGUGCCGAUGCAGUUGAUGUGGUGCUGAGUUACCUCAUGCAAAACGUUUACUUCAGCAACAGUGAUAUUUCACGUUUGAAGGCGGCUCGCCUCUGCCAGGCUCUGAUGGAUCAUAGAGUUUUCUACCCUGUCAGUACAAGACUCUUCAGCAAAGAGCGGGAGAGUAUGUUUGAGGAUCGCAGCAGCAGUCUCUAUAAAUUUGUGGACAGCUACACAUUGCCAGGAGCUGCAAAAGACCAGGAAAUGGAGAGUCUGGUACCGAAGAGGAAAUUUCACAAACCAGUCAAACUUGCUUUUUCGAAUCCUGUUGCUUUGGAAUCUUGUGAUAAAAGGUUUGAAGAGCUUUUUCACACUAUCAACCUCCGUCCAUCAUUGCCGCCAAACCUAAAAGUAAAAAGCUUAACCAACCAUUUGACCAAAAAAGUGGUUGAGGAUGUUUGGAAGCAAACAACUUUAUUGCAGCUGCUACAUUUAAUUCACCUUCCCAUCUUGGACAACAUCCUGGAAUCUCCAGUGAAAGCAAAACGAAGACGACUUGUUCAGUUCAAUCAGAAAAUUGACCUUAUUAUCUCCAACACGUUCCUGGAUCGUGAGGUUUCUCAGAGCUUAAAUCUUCCCUAUACUGAUGAGUGGUUCUCAGUUGCAGUCGAUUGCCUGGAAUAUUUCCCAGAUGAGGUGAUUGUGCACACGAGUGAACUGUUAUCUCAGAUCACAAAUGACAAGGAAGCUACAGAAAAGUACAAAAGAGUGCUGUUUGAAACUAUAGUGAGGCACUAUAGUCAAAACAAGGAGCCACUUCUCUGUGAUCGAUAUCGUGACAUAUAUGCAGGGAUCAUUGAACUUCUCGAAAAUGGUAAGACUAGACAAGCUUUGGAAGCUGCACAACUUGGCAUUCGGUUGUUGGAGCCUAACUGGAGAGAGGAGCUGCACAGAUUGCUGUCCUUCAUGGCUGUUGCUGCAACCCCAGAUGCCUGCAUACUUCAGAAACAGAACGCCAACAGAACUGUAAUGAGGAAAACAUUUACCAAAGCUAUUGUACAAAGCAAAUCUCUAACAAAAGUACAGGCUGAAGAACUGGUCAUGUUCCUAAUGGAUAACUGCACUGAGCUCUUCAAGAUCCCUGGUUCUCUGCUUCGGAUGGUCAGGCAGAAACUUCUUUUCCUUAAGGAAGGAGGGGAUCCCACUGCUUCCUCAGGUUUUACAUUCUGCCAGCAUGUAACACGGAAGGAGUUUGAGGAGCAGAAAGGCAAGACCACUGUGGACCAACUUAAGCAGUUAGUCCAAGAGAUCAGUCAAAACUCCAACAAAUCUGCCAAAUAUGGAAACAGACUGCUUCAGGAGUUCCAGAAGCAACAUCCUUCAGUGUUUGUUCAACAUUACUCAAAUAUCAUUUAGGUGGAGAAUAUCAGUGAGAUUAUUGCUGUUUAUUUAGAAAAGAUAGUGUUUUGAAUGAAUGCAAGCAUUUUGUUGAGCAGGCCAUUUGGCACCCGUGACAAGUGAUUCUUCUAAUCGUCUGGCGCAGAGGUUAUGAUGCAUUUGUGGAGCAUGUGGGUCUUGAACCCUAACUGCCUCGUCUCGGGGUGGGUACACUGCCACUGCACCGCAAGAGCAAAGAUAUUCUUACUUCAUCACAGAAAUCUUGGCUUAUGAUUUUCUCCAUUCAGUUAUGAUUAACAUUGAUUUGCACUAAAUGUAACAACUAAAAGUCUCAGUUUGUCUUUGUUGCAACGUUUCAUUUUAUGUUACUGUUGUAUUGUGUCAUAGGUUUUACAGUGGGAACAAUUGUUCACCUUUUUUUAUACCUGAGCCGAGAUACUUCAAGCUGCUGUUCUGAGUUUGCCCUACCAUCUGAGAGGCUCAUCUGCUGGCUGCAUUGAUUUCUGGCUGGGCAGUUAACUUAUGGAGUUCUGUGCCAGCGGUGUGAACAUAUUAUUGCCCUUCUGUCAAAUGAAUCUCUGGCCAGUACAGGGAAAUAAAAGGCAAGAAACAUUUUCAGUGAACCAUGAAGCAAGUUCUUAGAAUGAUCUAGUGGGCUUUGGUUGAAGCUGGCCACCUCGGUUGAAUGGUCUAACUUGCUCUAGAUUAUUGGCAUUUUAUCUUCAUUUAAGCUCCAUAUCUACAAAAUUCUUAAACAAAUGGGAUGAGAAUGUGAUUGCAAAAUGCUGAUAGAAUGCAUACAGUCAAAAUGUGCCCAGUUCAUCAGCAUCAACUGCCUUCUCGAUAGUUACCUGUGAUAUAAAUUAUUAACACUAAUAUUACUGUAAGAAAUUCUAAAUUACUGAAUAAGCUUAAUUGUGGAACAGAUAUUUUUUAUAUUUGAUAUC